AUGGACAUUGAAGCGGAAAAGAAGAAAAUCCUCGGAGAGAUUUUCGCUAACAACGAAUCCGAAGAAUCUUCAAGCACAAAUCUACAAGAUGUUGAAUUCAAAAUUCAUACGCAUCGAGUCUUGCAAAUUUUCGAUAAUCUCAUCAAAUGCAUGGGACUCAUUUUUUGCUUGCCCGAAAUGAUUCGGAAUCAAGAUUUGAUGACAGCCUACUUUGACUACAUCGAAAAGGAAGAAGUUUCAAUGUUUUGCCAUAUGUUGCUCGAUGACUAUAUGGGAACUAAUCACGAAGGGAUGUCGUCACACUCGAUGCAAGUUCAAAGUAUUUUCGAGAAAAUUAUGAAAUCUGAUUUGAAGAAUGAAGUCCCGAGUUAUAUUGAUUUCAUACCAUUGGAAAGUAAAGAUUUGUAUGAAAAUAUGAAAACACUGCGAAAUUUGGCAAAAAACCGAAUGGAAUUGACAGCAGCGAAGGAAAUGGCAAAAGAAAAAGUCUUGCAUCGAAUUUAUUUAGCAAACAUCAAGAAUCAAGAACGAAUUAAAGUUCUUCAGGAGAAAAUUGACGAACAUGAAUCACAAUUCAAGGAAAUCCUUUCAGAAAAAUACUUGAAAAUUGAACAAUACAAACGGAAAAUCGAAAAAUUGAAGGAAGAGAGCAAAGAUGAAAUUGCAAAACACAUUUUCGAAUCUGACAAAAUAAUGCUGCGCCAAUGCAAAGACAGUGACAGUAAGCAACAUGAAAUGCGAGAAAACGUAGAAGCUUCACGAGAAAAAUAUCAAAAAACAUUAGAUGCUAACUUGAGAACGGAAAAACAGUUACGAGAACGAAAGGUAAAAAUCACUCAACAACUUCAACAAUGGAUUGCCAAAUACGAUAUCGAUGUUGGCGUUCGCACAAAAGAGUACGAAGCUCUCACAGAAAAGUUGAAUGAAGAGGAAGCUACUUUCAAAAAAUGGAUGGAAGAAGAAUUUGAACCGCAAGAAAAGAAUUACAAUUUCCUUAUGGAAGAAAAAGAGGAAGAAGAGCGUCGUGUACAUCAAGAAAAACUAUGGAUGUUCAUGAUGAAUCGAGCAGCAAAACUUAUUCAACGCUAUUGGCGUGCAAUGAUCUUACGUCGGAAGACAAAGAAGGGAAGAAAAGGACGAAAAUCGAAGAAAUAA